AUGAAUUUUGAUAUUUCUGAUUCCAAUUGGCUAGAGAAUUACCAAAAAGAAGCUAUAUACCGUGCUCUACAAGAAUACAAGCGUGAGGCAGAACGUGUACUUCAAUGGAGCAAACAACUUGAGAGUAAACAAGAAAACUAUGAUAAGCAUUUAAGUCUUGUCAAUAGAUACUGGGAACAAUUAUUAAUUGAUUUGAAGAUGCUUAUUGAUAGAGUUGAUGAUAGCAGUAACUCAGCUCCUCCAAUUGCACAACUUCGUGAUUCAAAUUUUCUUAAACGGCUUACUCAAAUUGAUAAUGAGGACCAAUCAAUUGAGAAAAUUGAAAAUGCAAUCAUUGAAAAAUGUACUAUUACCAAAGAAAUUGUAAAACAACUUUUAGAAAAAAUAAUUUUAUGGAUUGAAAAAAGAAAUAAUCUUAUUAAAGAUUUACAAGGAGAAAUUAAUGAUCCUACAUUAAGAGAAAAUAGAUCAAUUCAAUUACUACAAUCAGAAAAUCAAGAUUUAAACCAAGUUUAUAUACACGUUAAUAAAGAAAUUGACGUACUCCAAGAAAAAACUCACUCUAUGACAUUUGAGAUGACAAAAAAUCAACUUGGAGAAAAGAUAGAGAGAUUAGAAUCAACUGAGGAACAAUUAAGACAAGCUGAGAAACGUAUGGAUAAAUCAAAAAGUGUUACUCUUGGAUAUUGGUCUGGUGUUAAAACUCAAACUUUGCAAGAAUCACAAUCUAAUGAUAAUAAUUCAAAACAAUUGGAAGAAAAAUUAUUUCAAUUUCAAUCACUUUCAGAGUCUCGUUUAAAAGAAGUAGAAGAAAUAUCAAAAGAAAAGGCUAAUUUAAAAAUAGAGAUUAAUAACCUUCGUGAACAAGUAGUUAAUAAACCAAUCAAUGAAUUAAUCAUUAAUACAUUAUAA